AAAUACGAUACGAUAAACAAGUACGUUAAUAGAUGGCAAAAAGGAGGGAGUACGGAGUAGUGUCAGUAGAGAUAAAGUUUGACCUACGCCCGCAGCGGGAUAUGAUCAUUUAGUGUGAUGUUUGGUUAAGUGAUUGUGUGUGAUAGUGCUUCGAAAUGUGGAUCUUCGCUUUAUUUCUCUUCUCGACUUUUGUUGUUGGACAAAAUCAAGAUGUCACUACAACAACAGCAUUACCCAGUGAUCUCGCGAAAGGCGAAGAAAAAAUGAGCGAAUAUAUUCUACAAAUUUUGGAGCACUUCAAACAGCCGAACCCUGUUGGAAUCCCGGGUGCCAAAGUACCAGAUCCCUACAGUGUGCCGGACAUGAAGCAAUCUGUGUCUAUUGGAACACUGUAUUUUAAGAACACCGCUGUGUACGGCAUAAGCAAAUUUAGGAUAUUGUAUGUCAAUGCUGAAAUUGGGGCUAUGGAGGUCCAUGCUGGGCUUGCUAUUGAUAAGCUACAAGCUCGAGGAAACUACACAAUGUCAACUUGGCUUAACAGGGUGCAAGGACCCUUCACUGUUGACAUUACAGGCAUAGAAAUGACAGCAAAGGCAACUUUAGGUGUAGAACGAGAUGGGAAACUAAGAGCACAGGAAAUUAAAAUUGAUAUUUCCUUCAGCACGAUAGCAAUGAACUUUGAAAAUGCUGGUUUCUUUGGCGGCAUGUUACAAGGUAUAGUGAACUCAAUCGGGACAUUCCUCUUCGAUUCAAUCAAACCGUACAUACUUAAGGAAGCCUAUACAAAAGCUAGAGAAGAAAUUAAUAAGAAACUAGAUGAAGUUGCUGGAGACAUGCAAUUUCCAAACUCAAUAUCUCCAUUAGAUAUGGUUAUAGCAGAUGCGAGAAAAAAGGUUAGAGAAUUGCAAUUGGAUCCUCAUCAAUUGAAAGACUAUAAUACUUCUGCAAGUGUUUUCACUGUAUCCUUAACUAAUACGUGGGUAACUGGAAUAUCAUCAUUUCAAAGAGUUGGAAAUAUAACUUUGAAAAUGAAGAACAAUACCGUUAUUGCCGAUUUUGAAAUCGGUACUCAAAAACUUGAAGGGACGACACAUUGGGAGCUAUCUGCUAUUAGUGGCUUACUCUCCAGAGCUGGCCGAGCAUCAUUCUCCGUAGAGUACGUAAGUGGAAGAGUAAUACUUGCACAGCCUCUCGAUACUAGGAAAAAGCCACAAUUUGAAGAUUUAGAUCUUGAUGUCGGGAAUAUUCAAGUGCGUUUUGACGGAGCUGGAACCUUGGAUUAUGUGAUAGAAUUCGUAAUUAACGUUUUACCGAAUCUUUUACGUUAUCAAAUAAUAGACGCUUUGGAAAAUCCUAUAAUAGAAAAGGUACAGGAGGAACUCAAUAAAUUAAACGUUGAAGAAAUGAUUAAAGCGGAGCUUCCGAAACUUGAUGAAAUGGAAGAAAAUGGGUUAAAGCUAUCUGCCCUUCGUGAUCAAACUGAAACACAAGAACCUUAUGAUGAAGACGAAUUCUUUAAUUUUUAGCAAAAUUUAACAAUCUUAAUCAACAUAGUUUUAUUUUUGUAGAUUUUUUUGUACAAAUUAGUGAUAUACCUG